UAGACUGUUCGUGAGCUGAGGCUGCGCCCUAACCAUAGGGCUUGAUAUCUUUCAACGGUUGACAUGCAGACUGCCUUUUCUUUGGUAUUCCCUGGACUGGGUACACAGUGGUUGGUUUUAAAUGCAAAGGAAACUGUUCACCUUUGGACAUAAACCUCUGCACUUUUGUGGAUAAAGGUUGUUCUUUCAUCGAAGUGUUUUUGUGCCGGGUGCCCACACGUGACAGCGAGCUUUAAGGGUACCAACUCAGAGAGAUGCUGAACGCAGUGGUUUUGAAAUCACUGACGACUAAAGCGCCAUCCUGAAAAACGCUUAACUUUCUGUUUGGGUGAGACUUAAAUAAGCAAACAUCAGCAAACGUGAACGGAACAGAAAAAACGCGUUUAGGGCUUGGCCCCAAAAAGUUAAUUAUCAGUGAGGGCGAACCAGAAAAGUUGGCUCUAUAUUUUUUUCAUUCUAUAAGUGUGCCCACCAACCACCAAGAUUUCACCCAAAAGCAGACAAGAGGAUCGCCCUGCGCUGACUAGACUGGUCGGCAGGAAGCGGCUAAUAGCGGCCGGGGUCCUUGGUGUCGUCAUGGUCUUGGUGUUGGUGAUUCUGAUCCCGGUUCUGGUCAACUCCGCUGGUACCUCGGCACAUUAUGAGAUGCUCGGAACCUGCCGAAUGGUGUGCGAUCCAUACGGUACCAAAUCUCCGACCAGUACCGCAACAGCAGACACUGUGCGAGACAACAACCUUAUGCAGUCUUUACCAACUUUUAUACAAGGACAGAAAGGAGAACCUGGCCGCCCGGGAAAGGCUGGCCCCAGGGGCCCGCCAGGUGAACCAGGUCCACCCGGUCCACCAGGGACACCAGGGAUAAAAGGGGAACCGGGUCGGCCUGGACUUGCCGGACCCCCGGGAUCAAAUGCCGCAGCCGGGGCCAUCAGUGCAGCCACAUACAGCACCGUCCCCAAAAUUGCGUUUUACGCAGGCCUUAAGAAGCAGCACGAGGGGUACGAGGUGCUGAAAUUUGACGACGUUGUGACAAAUCUAGGUAAUCACUACGAUCCAGCCACGGGGAAGUUCACUUGCUCUAUACCUGGAAUUUACUUCUUCACCUACCACGUCCUAAUGCGCGGCGGAGACGGCACCAGCAUGUGGGCUGAUCUGUGCAAAAACAACCAGGUUCGUGCCAGUGCCAUUGCCCAGGAUGCUGACCAGAAUUAUGACUACGCCAGCAACAGUGCUGUCUUGCACCUAGAGCCGGGCGAUGAGGUCUACAUCAAGCUGGAUGGGGGCAAGGCCCACGGUGGCAACAACAACAAGUACAGCACUUUUUCUGGAUUCAUCAUCUAUGCCGACUAGGAACUAUGGCACCUCUAAAUCCGCUCCCCACCACCUACCCCAAAUGUACAAAUCCAACUCCUACCACUCCUUCACAUACACCUUGCCACCACCCCCAACCCAUGGUUUGAAGCCAUGGUAUGAAGCUUCCCCUCGCUCUGAUUCUGAUCGUUAGAAGGUUGACAUGCUGGCUAGAGAGAUUAAUUUUACUUAUUAGCUGCGGGAUGUGAGUGUCACCUGAUCCUGUAUUGGAUCGCUUUUGGGAUCUGCUAGUGAACAAAUAAACAACAUACAUGAGUAAGAGGAGAAGAAAAAAAUAUAGCCAAAACUAUUGAAUUGUAAAUCAAACACAAUGUGUUGACAUUCUGUGCCACCAAAGCAGUAUGUGGUGUAUAUCUUUCUUCGUGUAGCAAUGAAACAAAGCUUAAACAUAUGUAACGUUUACAAAACCUGACAAAUAUAUGUGCAAUAAUGUCUAUAACAAAAACAACUAUAGUUUAAACAUCCUUGCUGUGCAUUAUGUUAUACUUCUGAGACAUCCAUUCAAGUCAAUGCUGCCUGAGGGUUACCUGGAAACUCUUAUACAUAAAUGUUACACAAAGUAGUAUGAGGUGGAUUCAUCAUAGAUUUUGCAGGGUGCAUCUUGAUUCUAAGAGGGUUCCUCUCCUCUCCUUUCUUGCAUUGCUCUGCUGUGAAACAGCAGAGUAGGAAGGAGCACUCAACUGGCAGCUGACAUCUUGCAAUCCUCUUACUCAUCCUUUGUGAUCAGUACAGACAAUGGAGAGGAGAUGAGGGGGAAGGAUUAUAGGACAUGGGGGAAGGAUGAUAUUCUGAGAUGCAGCCUUCCAUCUUUAGGGAAGGGAUUGGAAAUAUUUAUAACAUCUGCCAUCUGAAUGGUUUUGAACUUUUUUUCCUAACCACAUAGGCCUUAGAGAACAUAAAACGUGGUGUUGCUAAUGGUCAUAGGUAGACACAAACACAUUUUGAUAUUAACCUGUCUGUUGGGUUUGUUUUUUAUUCUCCAUCUUUCACUUGCAUUGUCCAGAUGUGACAAGUCAGACUGCUUUGCGGGAUUAUCUACUCCCCAUAUUCCCCAGUUAAAAUGUAUAGUAUUGGAAUGCUACCAAGAGCACUAUGCAUAAAUAGAUAAUUGCAAUGUAAAUGUAAUGUAUGUACCUUCAAGAAAGUUUAAAGAGUGUUGAUUGCACCCUUAAAUUCCUUUGUAAAUAUUGCAGUGAAUAUUUAAUUUUUUCCUCCCUCAUUGUAUUGAGCAAGUACAGCUCAACCACUUCAUAUUAGAACAAUAGUCAAUUACUUAAUGUAAAUGCAAUUCAUUGAUUGUCAGAGUUAUAUCUUUAACAGUGUGUUUAUGUUUAUGUGUGUGUGUGUGUGUGUGUGUACACUGACAAAAAUAUGACUUGGACAUGUGUGUGUGUUUGCAAACGUGUGUUUAUGUGUAUAUGUAUUGAGUGUGUAUGUAAAUGUUUGUGUGUGUGUGUGUGAGUGCGCGUGUGUACGAGCAUGUACUUACUCGAAACUUGCUUCUUUUGUCUUCCCAGAAUACAUGUCACCUGUAUACUGUUUACUCAAAGAAUGUUUCCAUUAAACAGACAAAUCUGACCUGA